AUGACCCGUUGGUUCUUCUGGGGAUGCUGGAGUGCUCUAGUAUUCGCGCAGCUGCGGGGAGUGGGAGUGCGAGGAGACUCCGUCUCGACCAACUACCAGCGAUACAAUGACGGCGAAAUGGGGCAUCGCCCACAUCUCGAGUUCCAGUCCAGCAGCGAAUAUGCGCCUCUCCUCCAAGUCAACGUCUGGAGCCCCGAUGCGAUCUCGCCUGCAGGCUCACACAUCUUCCUCCGGCACGACGGUAACGAGUCCUCGCCACUCUCGUCGCCGCUGAUUCUAGCCGCGCAUGACCUCAGCGCAGUCUAUAUAAACCGAACAUUCAACAACGUCUUCGGCACGCGGAUCCAGGAGAAUCUCGGCAGGAAGUACCUGACCUUUUGGGCGGGCGACAAGGGCGACGGGAUAGGCGAUGGAUAUGGUCUUGCAUACGAUGAGACCUACCGUCUCGUCUACAAGGUGUCGGCGCAGAAUAUCAACGAUCAUGCCGAUCUGCAUGAGUUUGCCUUUACAGGGAACGGAACGGCGUUGGUGACUGGUGUCAACCACAUCCGAGUUCGUGGGAAUGUCUUGAGCGAGAAGUAUGGAUGGCACUAUGUGCUGCCAGAUGAGCUGGAGCUCGAUAUCCUGGACGCCGUCUUCCAGGAAAUCGAUCUUGAGACCAAUGAGGUGCUCUUUGAUUGGCGGGCGCUAGAUCACAUCAAUCCUCUAGACUCGUUUGAGCCCAUGGGGAGUGGAUGGGAUGCGUAUCAUAUCAAUAGCAUUGAAAAGACUCAAGCAGGCAACUAUCUCAUCUCCGUCCGCCAUACACAUUCAAUCUACCUGAUUGACGGGCAAACCGGCUCCAUUAUCUGGACCCUGGGUGGCAACCACAACGACUUCAUCGAAGAAUCCGCGGCUGUUCCUGGGCAACCCCUACUCACAUUUGCCUGGCAGCAUCACGCCCGCUUUGUCCCCGGCACGAAUGAGACACAGCUGACCCUUUUCGACAAUCACGUCAAGGUUACGACCCACGGCGAGUGCAGAACCAACUGUUCGCGCGGCCUGCACAUUGCCAUCAAUACCACUGCCACGCCGCCAACUGCACAGCUCCUGCAGCAGUUCCUCCAUCCGACUAACCUGCAAGCGCAGAGUCAGGGCAGCGUACAGCCUCUGGCACCGUCAGACAGCAAUCUAAGAAGCGUCUUCAUCGGCUGGGGCCGGUGUCCGACGUUUACGGAGCACAACUCCGCCGGCGAGACGGUGCUGGACGUGCAGUUCUCCCCAUGGCAUAGCGAUGAUAUACCAGAUGCAUUGGACAACUACCGCGCGUAUAAGAUGGACUGGGUGGCUAUUCCGUGGUGGGAUCCGGCCAUCGCAGUGAGGCAGGACGCUAACGGGGCACUGGUGGUCUAUGCCAGCUGGAACGGUGCGACAGAGGUGGCGAGCUGGGCGAUUCGCGGCACAAAUAAUAACGAAGGGGAUAACGCCAACGGGCUUGUGCUAGCAACUUCGCACCGGACGGGGUUCGAAACCAGGUUGAAGAUCGCGGAGAAUGAGGCCCACUACCGCUAUCUCUGGGCUGAAGCACUGGAUGCUCAGGGAAACAUCCUCCGGUCCAGCGAAGUUGUGGAUUUUACGGUCACCGAGAUCCGUAGCGACUCUUACUCGUUGGCGUUCUACAAGGAGCUGGGCUUUGAAUCGUUGCCAUCUCUCUUGUCCGUCUCGAAUAACGGGACCCAGGCGACGGAGCCUGCUGCCACUGCCGCCGAUAGUUUUGACGCCUCCACUUCUUAUUCUUCCUCUCCUGUUCAUACUCGCGGUCUAUCAACAAAAGCAUUAGCUUUUCUGGGCACCGGAAUAGGUAUUUCGGCGCUGAUGCUUGUUGCUAUUGUGGUGGUUAUUAUUCGUCGGCGACAGAGGAUGGACUACAAUACCUUAAAUUUGAAAGAAUCUGAUUUUGAACUAGACCUUGACAGCGAUGACGGCGAGGAAGAGGUUGAUGCUCAGAGACACGAGGGCGAGGUUGAUGAGGCCUCCAAGCAAUCAAGGGUAGCUGGGGGCAAGGACGAAGACACACAUGCCCUCCUCCCUUAG